GUUGCAGAUGCCAUCAUAUUGAUGACGGUGGGGAGGGUCAACGAUGAUGCCAGCCACAUCCUCUCUGAGGCCUCAGCUGCCAAGAACAGUGGAAUCCACAUGUAUGUCGUUCCAGAGCAGUUUGGACCACACAGCAGAGAUUGGUGCCAUCGCAAGCACACCUGUGGAGGACAACCGGUUCUCUCUGGCCCAGUUCCAACAGCUCAAGGAACUCCGGAACUCUAUGUUCAGGUCACACUGUCCAGGGCCGUCGUCAGAAGGAGGUCACAGCCUUACUUUCAUCAACGUUACCAGGGACAACAUUGGCCAAUAUGUUUGUCUUGCUCACAAUGGCAUCCUGCCAGAUGCAAGCCAUACGUUCUACCUUGAUGUAAACUUUUCUCCAGAGGUCAGUGUCAAUGCUGAAGAGGUCAGGAAAGCCAUAGGUCAGUCCGUGACCUUCAAGUGUGAGGUCAAGGCCAAUCCAAGCUCAGCUAUCCAAUGGGAACACAUGGGAAGCUUCAUGAGAAACGACCAUAGACACAAACUCACACGACAGAAGAAGGACGACACCACCAGUGUCUUGACACUCCAUGUAGACCAACUCGAGCGGGAAGACUUCGGGAGAUACUCAUGUGUUGCUGAAAACACUCUGGGCACAGUAAGGGCAACUGUGCAGCUUACUGAGAUAACAUCAGCCCAGUGUGGUGAGGCUCGAGCUCGGGUCCAGGAGGAACUGAAUGUCUCUGGCAUACUGGGAGACUGGCAGAGGGUGAAGGUCAUAUCCUACCUUUACGGCAACAAAACAUAUAUCUCUGAAACAGUGAAGUAUUUUAUCAAUACAGACGGACACCUUUCAAGUGCUUACCGUGGAAAGUCGAAGAAUGCUGAUACAUGUGCUGAUCCCGGAGUCCAUGUGCUGGCAGAGGAGGAACAGCCUGGGAAAUAUCUUUCUGCAAACAGAGAACUGUUCCAGUUUGUGUACACAGACUACACAAAUGCUGUGUUUUUUAUGUGUCGGGAGGUGGAUGACAGCGGCCAUUGCCACAAGGAAAACCUGCAUGUAGAAAUUAUCACGAAGAACUUUCCAAUCCCUGAAUCAAAGAUGGCCGAACUGGAGCAGAUUGUGUCUGAUCUUUGUCUUGAUGUUGAGGACAUGAUUGAAACUACACCAGGUCUGUGUGCCUUCCCCGAGAACUUCCUGGAGUCCGUGGGCUAUGCAGAUGAUGAUGCAGCUACCAGCCAUUGUGACCAGGCUCGCAGUCAUGUGCAGGAAGAUUUCAAUGUUUAUGAUUUUCUCGGCACCUGGCAUCGGGUGAAGACUACUCCAUAUUUCUAUGGCAACCAGACCUAUAGGUCCUGGACGAUGCAGUUCUUCAUCAACGCAGGAGGAUCCCUGUCCAGUGCUUUCAUAUCGCGGAACAACAAUGUGUGUUCUGAUCCCGGAGUCUUCUUACUAGGACUGGAAUCUAGAGGGAAAUACAUCCACACUUACCAGGAAUACAGAGAACAGUUCCAGUUUGUGUACACAGACUACACCAAUGCAGUGCUGUACAUGUGUCGGGAGGUGGAUGACAGCGGCCAUUGCCAGAAAGAAAACCUGCAUGUUGAAAUUAUCACAAAGAACUUUCCAGUCCCUGACGCAAAGAUGGCUGAACUGGAGAAAAUUGUGUCUGAUCUUUGUGUUGAUGUUGAAGACAUGAUUGAGGGCACACCAGGUCGCUGUGACUUUACUGAGGGAUUCCUCAAGUCAGUGGGAUACGACACGAACGGUGUAAACCAAGAUUACCUGUGCCAGGUGGAGCGGACGAGGGUUCAGACCAACUUUAAUGCCAGCCAGUUUGUCGGCGAAUGGCAAGUUAUGAAGACUACCACAUUCCGCGGAAACAGAGAAACAUUUAUGUCGGAGAGUAUCAACUACUUCCUGAGUACAACUGGCCAUCUUGUCGUGGCCUUCAGUGGUUUGAAUCCAGGGUCAGAAAACUGCCUGCCUCCGCACCACCUGGAGCUGACCCAGGAUCAGCCUGGCCGUUACACUGCCCACAUCAUGAACAUGUCUGCCAGUGUCCAGAUAGUGUACACUGACUACAACUACGCUGUAACCCUCUCCUGUAGCAGCAUCUCCGACAAUGGUCAGUGUCCACAGCAGCAUAUGAGUGUCCAAAUCAUCGCCCGGCAGAACCCUGUCCCCGACAACAUCAUGCACAACUUGGAACGUUAUGUAUCAGCAUUGUGCAUCAGCGUGGAGGAUAUGAGAGAUAAUGUACCAGAUCUGUGUGAGAUACCUGUUGACUACCUGGUCUCCGCUGGCUAUCACAGUGAAGAGAUGUGUAAGCUGGACAAGAUGCCAAUACAAAAGAACUUUGACAAGAACCGAUUUUUAGGGAUGUGGAAUAUCAUCAAGACGUCGCCGAACAACUUUGGUGGGAAGGUUUAUCUGACAGCAAUACAAGAUUACUUUUUGAAGGACGACGGAGCUUUUACCACUGCCUACCGUGGUUACAUACAGGGAUCAAGCACCUGCCUCAGGCCAGGUACAAUAUUGUUUGAGAAAGAUUCACAUGGAGACUACAUCUUCAGUACCCUGACAGGCCAAGGCACUUUCAAGAUAGUUUACACAGACUACAACUACGCUGUGACAUAUUCGUGUCGUCAAGUUGGCAACGAUGGGUGGUGUCUUGAUGGUCUGGCACACACGUCCAUACUGGCCAGGGAUGACAUCAUUGACCCUGACACGAUGAAGUUGCUGGAGAGCUAUGUACAGAGGACGUGUGUGGAUCUGAAGACAAUGGUGUAUGUUGAUACAGAUCUGUGUACCAUUCCACCAGAGUACCUUGAGACUGUUGGCCACAGUGGAGCAGACCGAUGCCAGGUGCCCAAUAUACCCAUACAGGCAGACUUCGAUCUCACUCAAUUCCUGGGUAAAUGGAAUGCCCUGAAGAUUCUGCCAUACUUCUACGGAGAGAAGACCUACAGAUCCAUGACCCACAAGUACUUCCUGAAUGGUGACGACCGUCUUACACUAGUCUUCAAGGGAUACAACCAAACCUCCCACCAGUGUGUUCAGCCUCGUCAUGUGACAAUGGAACAGAGAUCUCCAGGAUAUUUUGUGCUACCAAACAACGCCACCUACCGAGUUGUGUACACAGACUAUGAAUACGCCAUUUUGUACAUAUCGCGCAGUCUACAGACUGAUGGGCAUUGUCUGAAGGAGAAGACUCAGGUCGCCAUUAUGUCUCGACAUAACAGCAUCCCUGACGAACCACUCCAGCCACUUCUGGGUGACAUUUCAAGUCUGUGUGUGGAUGUCAGCGAUCUCUUGGACGUCAAACCAGGAGUGUGUCUCAUAUCAGCAGCGGAGAUGGACAAGGCAGGAUACACAGGACCCCCAGAAGAUGAGUGUCAGUUGUCCGGGAUCUCGUACCAGGAGAACAUCAACACAACCAUGCUGCAAGGGGAAUGGUACACUGUGAUGUCGACGCCAUUGUCAGGGCACCUGGUAGCGUCCCUGGGCCCCGCCUACUUCCACUUUGAUGGCUGGCAUCUGGUGCGGCUCUACAGACGCAUAGAUGAAAAAUCUGGUCUGUGUAAUCCAACAGAAGCUAUCAGCCUAAGGGAGGUAACUGCUGCAGGGGAGUAUUACCACCACGUGAACUCCCACUCAUUCACAUUCCGUAUCCUGCAUACCUGCCCGAUGUACAUGGUGAUCUACACGUGUCCAGAGGAGGCCGAGGACGGAACGUGUGUCCAUGCCUGGGUCAACAUCCUGGCCAGGUCAAAGGUCAUCCCAGACAAGCACCUUGCUGACCUGAAGAAGUAUGUCACUCAUGCCUGCAUUGACUCCAACACCCUGAGCAACAACGAGAAACUGGAAUGUCUUCCUUUGAUGCCAUCUGCCAUUGUGUGGAGGCAGCCAUUGUGGAGGCAGCAAGGACGACCUGAUCACAGAUGGUCCUCAUGGGGUUCCUGUGAGCCUGUGGAGGUUCUGAAGCUGACUGAGUUUGAGCAGCCAGGAGACUACACCAUCGGCUUUGGCGACAGCAGCAGUCUCCAUGGUGAGUAA